CCAGCCUCGCUACAUCUCCUCCGCCACAUCAUCUGGCUCGCUGCAUGACCGUGAACCGAAAGCGCAAAAGGCUGGGGGUAGGCAACAGAGAAAACACACUGUAUACCCACAGAUGCGCGGACAUCAAUGCUUCAGCGACUUUAGCCAGAUAUUUACAGUGAAUACGAAUAUAUUGGAACGACAUAGUCCAGGCGACGAUCUAAAGGGGAAAUCGACAUUUUAAUUCGCGUUGGAAACCUUGAAAAUGCUCCAGUCUCUUACAAGCAAUUCGUGUGUGCGACUAAUUCAAAGCAAUAAAUCGGCAUGGUAUUUCUUAUUUUUAGUUUUGGGGUACGUUCUGUAUCUGAUUUUCGGUGCCGUUGUGUUUUCAUCGGUGGAGUUGCCAUAUGAGGACCUUCGGCGUCAGGAGCUUAGGACCGCCAAAAGGCAAUUUCUUCAGGAAAAUGAAUGUCUGUCUGAAGAGCGGUUGGAAGAGUUUCUGGCCAAAGCACUCGAGGCCAGUAACUAUGGUGUGUCUAUUCUCAACAACGCAUCGUCUAACUGGAACUGGGACUUCACCUCCGCUUUGUUUUUUGCGAGCACCGUCCUGACAACGACAGGUUAUGGCCACACUGCUCCCCUCUCGGGUGGAGGCAAGGCCUUCUGUAUCAUCUACUCUGUCAUCGGCAUCCCGUUCACCCUCCUCUUCCUCACGGCCGUGGUGCAAAGGAUCAUGGUCUUCAGCACGCGCCGGCCCGUCACGUACGUGCACACCCACUGGGGCCUGUCCAAGCCCCUGGUGGCCAUCGUCCAUGCCAUCCUGCUGGCCAUGGUGGCCGUGACCUGCUUCUUUCUCAUCCCGGCGGCCAUUUUCUCAGCGCUGGAGGAGGACUGGAAUUUCUUGGAGUCCUUCUACUUCUGUUUCAUCUCGCUCAGCACCAUAGGACUGGGAGACUACGUGCCCGGGGAGGCCUUCAACCAGAGGUUCCGUGAAUUCUAUAAAGUGGGAAUAACUGUCUACCUGCUGCUGGGCCUGAUCGCCAUGCUGGUGGUCCUGGAGACGUUCUGCGAGCUGCAGCAGCUCAAGCAGCUGCGCAAGAUGUUCUACCUGAAGAAGGAGAAGCCGCAGGACCGCCUCAGCAUCCUGGAGCACGACCACCUGUCCUUCACCACCGUGGCCGACCACGCGGCCGCCAACAGCGCCGCCGCCGCGCUGCGGGAGAACAAGACCGAGCCCUACGUGGACGUGCCCGACCUCGUCUCGCCCGGCGGAGACGAGCCCAUGCUCAGAUAAAGAGAGAGAGCGAGGGAAUCUGUAAGGGGGGUCGGCGGGGGUCAAAACGUUCAGGCGUGAUAAUGACAGAAUCACUUGAAAAAAACGGACAAAAAUACAAAUCCACCGAAAAUACCGAAGUGAUACUUUACUGUUCAAAUGCAUCAUAGCACAAUAGCAUCAUAACGCGAUGUGUGAAUAUCUGAGAAUAUCAUAGUGCUGCUGCUGCUGACAGAUGCUGGAGAACAUAGGCCUACCGCCAGCGUUAGUUCUUAUAUUCCCAACGUUCUGAUAAGGACUGCUACAUAGAACAUCAGUGGGCUGUGCUUCUCUGCAUUAACGGCCAGGAAUUCUGACUUAGGUGAUAGUUCUCCAACUUGUACAGUAGAAUGUAGUGUAGGCAAGGAGAGAAGUUUACGCUACCAUUGAUUGAGUCGUCGUCAUCAAUGCCGUCAGUCUCUGUGCUAUACUGUAGUGGUGCCUGUUGGUCGAGGAGCCAUUCAUUGUGUUAGUGAGUGUAGCAUUACGCAAACCAUCUGUGAAGGGUUAUUCAUAGAAAGGCUUCUGACUUAGUAUAUUGCUAUGGGGGCUUAUCAGAGUUGACUCAUAAAUGGGAAGUAUACUGUGGAUGAGUUUGACUGAUUGCAUCAGUCUCAUAUGGUUAGUCACCACUUCCUCUUACCAAUACAGAAUCAUGCAGUUCCCAUGUAGGGCACUUGUAUUUUCAACAUUGCUGAAAUCAUGAAACAUUUGUUGGCUCUUUAGUGUGAAAUCUCUGAAGUGCAUCAAUCGUGGGCCAUGGUUUUCAGGUGUAAUGAUGUAUUACUGAUGCUGUUGUUGAUCAUCAACAGUAUUAUAAGAUGGGUAUAGCUUCAGGAUUUUAAGUUAUUAGCCAUUUUUAUGAAUAACCCUAAGUUCAGUAUAUACUUGACAUUCUGCUGCAGGGAAGUUUAGAAAGGGACAGAGAGCAUACCAGACCAUUCCAAACAGGAAGCAGCUAGAUAGUUGUACCAUUCUGUUAAUAUUCUUUGUUUGUUGUUUUUUCCAUGUUUUGUAAAAGUGUUUACCACAGAUCUCAUCCACUGUGUUGAAAGGCAUCUAACAACGACAGAUGCAUGAGUUGGAAGAGGGCUGGUCCCAGAAGGCUUCCAUGAAAUGAUUACAGUCAGGUUUUAGGUACAGUCCACCUGACUUGCUAGGCUUCAACCCAUUUUCAGGGAGCUUGUUUGGUCGUCUAACUUAUUGUGAACAAGAAAUACUCUCAAUUUAUGAUGAGUUUUGAACGGAUAUACUGUAUUUCUACUUUAACUGAAAAUAGAAACCGGAAGGAACAAAGGGAAUUUAAAUUCAGUAGGAUCUAAUCAAGGGAACUAACAAAGAAAAACACUCAGCUUAAAGAGUUUUUUUUAACCUAGGGUCAAUUUUUGGAUAAUAAUUAGUCUGAAUUUUGGUUUGGGACUAAACAGUUAUCAUUUGGUAGUUUUGGGUAAAACAAUAAUGUAUUUAUAUUUACAAAAUUAUUUAAGCACGACCCUACAUUUGACAUGUAAUUGGGCUUGGAAUCAAGGCUGAAAUAUGAAAAUAUGCGUGUAUAUUUUUCAGAAAGUGGAAUGUUUACAAAUUUGUAUUUGUACAAUGUAGACUUGACAAGGUACCAUUUUUUGGAUCACUUGAAUUCUCAAAUAACUCAUAGGGCUGAAUAACAUUUCAAAUGUUGUCUUUGUUUGUGCAGAACUCUCUUCGGAUAAGCCUAUUUGAGGUGCACUGUUGAUUUUGCAGUGCACUUCAGAAAGAAAGGACUGGAAAGUUUAAUGAAGACUGAUUGUAUAUGUAUGUCUGAAAGCCACAUUCAGUGCUGUCAUCAUGAGGAAUAGAGCUUGUAUUGUGACAUAAUGUAUUUAUUGUUUAUAAAAAUGAAAAAUCUCUA